UUUCCUCUAAAAAUCUCACCCUGCUCGACAGCAGGGGGAGGGAACCCUAAAUAUAUACAUAUAUAUUUUAUAUACAAUAACAUAUUUACUCUCUUUGCCAUGGAUGAUCAACAAAUACCGUCACUGCUAUCAGAAAACAACAACGAAAACAAUCAAAAUAAUGACGGCCUAUUAUUAUCGAAUAAUAAUGAUAAGGUGAAGGACUCUCCGUCUAAUUCUACGGCCGUCAAGAAACGGAGGGGAGCGGUGCAACUGAUCAAGGUGGCGCUGUACAUGAUCCGACGUCGUUCUGGAAAAUCCAAGUCGACGGUUGACGUGGCAUCAUCAGGAGGAAGCCUUUGGAAUUGCCUAGUUGGCUCCAUGCGCCCUUUGCAUCUCCAAAGCCACGGCACUCCACGUCAUCAUCACGCUGCAACCCAUGAUCAUAAAAACAACGCCGUUAUAACGUCACCGAUGUCCCCUGGUGCCUCCAGCUCCUACUCCACGGACGAUGACACGAGCCGCUACGCCUCUGCGGCCAAUCUUCAAGCCCUCGACACCGAGAGCCGCUAUGCCUCAGCGGAGAAUCUUCGGGCGCUUGAUGAUAGUGAAUGUGAAGAUGAUCAUGGUCAUGAUGAAAAUGGUGGAGAUGAGAUGAUUGAUGCCAAGGCUGAGGAGUUUAUUGCUCAGUUUUACCAACAGAUAAGGCUUCAGCGCUUGAACUCCAUGGAUCGCCGUUACAAUGAGAUGAUUCAGAGGUCAAUUGGUUGAGAUUAAUUAAUGGUGAUCCUAAUUAAUCAAGAGGGACAUCAUUUUGAACGUUACGUCGGUUUGUUUUUUUCUUUCCUAUGCAUGCAUGCAAAAACAUGCGUGCACGUCGAGUUAAUUACUUUAUUUUAUUAUUUAUAUCAUAUUUUUGGUCAUUUCCUUUUGUUUGUUUCAAAGAUAUAUAUGGAAAUUUAUUAAUUGUUCAUUGUGGGUCAAGAGAUUCUUGUCGAUUGCGUGGAGAAAAACCGAAUUCUUGUCUGGGGUCAUGGACUGAUCAUGGGCUGGUGUUUGUUGUUUUUGAGAGGAAAAAUUGUCUUUAAUUAUUUUGUCAUCUAUAAUCAUUUGUAAUAUUUAUUUUUCUAUAGUCAAUUUUAGUAUCAGUUGGGCUUUGCAAUCAAUAGUUGAACAUUUUUUUUGUACUGUUAAAUUAAUAAAUUCACUGUUUCUAGCCUCA